AUGCGCAUGAUAGCUGAUGCAGUUGGCUGUCCAGAAGUUUUUGGUUGCCCUACCAAUCUGUAUGAGUAUGGAGACUAUUGUUAUCUAUUUUAUAGCGGAAGUGCAUUAAAAAAUGGAUUAAGCUGGCAAAUGUCUGUUGUUGUAUGUAAGACAAUGCAGGGAAGUUUGUUAAACGUUGCAGAUCAAGCUGAAAACUUAUUUAUUUUAAACCGCCUCAGAAACAUCAGCAUGAAUGACCUGCAUUUCUGGAUUGGUCUGAAUAAUCUUCAAAGAACCUAUGUUUGGUCUGAUCAUAAAACUUCAUUAUACUAUAGUUGGAGCCAGGGUCAACCUGAUAAUUAUUCAAGUGUAGAGGUCUGCGUUGAUGUAACUUCUAAUGGUUGGAAUGAUGCUAGUUGCGAUAACAAUUAUGGAUUUAUUUGUAAAACUAAACAAGACUGUGGUGGAACCUGUAAUGGUUUAUUUACAUCAUGUGUUAAUAAUGUAUGUCAAUGUCAUAGUAACUACACCUUGAUUAAUGGAGUUUGCACAGGUACUUGGGGCAAUUGGGUUUAUGGAACAUGUUCACAAACAUGUGGUGAUGGAAUUGUAAGUCGCCAUCGAACCUGUUUAAACUAUGUUCAAUGCUUUGCCGCUGGAUCUUAUAAACUAGUACAAAUACAGGAAGACUUGAGUUGCAAUUUACAAUCCUGUGCGAUUUCGAAAUGAGCGAAUACAACGAUAAACGACUAAACGUAACUCUACAAAAUGUUUAUCAAAGGAUCCAAAAUCAAGAAGAAAAAACGGAGUCGAGAGAAAUCGAGAAAAAACUUCGUCGGAGUCGAGAAAAAAUCGGAGUUUCGAUAAUAUUUUGUUAUAAAAAUUAAACUAUCUAUUUGAUAAAAAAAUUAAACUCUCUAUUUGAUAA